AAUCUUCUACCUUUCCAUCCAAACAUCGUCACCCUUUACCGCGUCCUCAGCACGCCGUCAUCCCUGCUCCUUCUUAUGGAAUAUGUUCCUGGAUACGAUUUGUUCGACUUUCUCGACAAAAAUUGCGAUUGCAGUGUUGACUUCACUCCAAUCGAAAAUCCCGACGUUAAUAUGUGUGAUGCGGUUGAGGCGUGCCAUGCGCACAAAGUCUUUCAUCGGGACAUUAAACCUGAGAAUUUUAUGAAAUGCAAAAUUGUGGUAAAGUUGAUGGACUUUGGACUCUCCACCACAGAAGUGGUCUCGACAAUGUCAGAUGUGGGAAGUAGGCCGUAUAUGAGCUAUGAAUGCAGGAACAACAUGGCUUCAUCUUACUGCCCGCGUGGAGCAGACAUCUGGUCCUUGGGUAUCGUCUUGCUCAAUAUGUAA